UGAACAAAUUUUCGCGACAAAUUUGUGGGCAAAAAUCGCUGAAGAAAGGCACAGAGUCGCGUUCCGCACGUCACCGCCGGCGUCCCGUUUGCUUAUCUGUCGAGAUAGUUGAAAGUCAUUCCGGUAAACAGGGGAAAUUUAUUGUUCCGGCCCAGACACAGUGAAUUGCAUGAAAAGUCUCCGCCAGCUGCACAAAUUUCUCGCCGCUCCACUCCGGGAACCGCUCCUGCUCCAACGACCGCCCAAGUCGUCCCCGCAAAGGCACCUUCGAACCGUCAUCCCACGCCCCUCCAAGUACAGCCGCCUAGCGAUGCCGGAAGCGCAAGAAGCAGGCACCACCGCCUUCCAAUACCCGGUGGCACGCCGCGACGACUCGGUCGUUGAUGAAAUCCACGGCCAGCAGAUCGCCGAUCCGUACCGCUGGCUCGAGGAUCCGGACGCGGAGGAAACGCAGGCGUACGUCGAACAGCAGAACAAGAUCGCGCAACCGUUCCUGGAGAGCUGCGACGAGUGGAAGAAGCUGAACGCGAAGCUGACCAAGCGCUGGAACUACCCCAAGUACUCGUGCCCGUUCAAGCACGCCAGCCGGUACUUUUUCUUCAUGAACACGGGGCUGCAGAACCAGGACGUUCUGUACGUGCAAAACUCGCUGGACGACGAGCCGAAGGUGUUCCUCGAUCCGAACGCGCUGUCCAAGGACGGAACGAUCGCGCUCGUUGGGUCGCGCUUUUCCGACGACGGCAACCUGUUCGCGUACGGGCUGAGCCAGAGCGGGUCGGACUGGACGAAGCUGAAGGUGCGCGACGUGAACACGGGCGAGGACUUCCCCGAGACGAUCGAGCACACCAAGUUCGUGACGGCGUCCUGGACCAAGGACAACAAGGGCUUCUUCUACGCGCGCUAUCCCGUGGUGGAGGGCAAGGCGGACGGGUCGGAAACGGCCGCGAACGAGAACCAGAAGCUGUAUUACCAUCGUAUUGGGGAGCCCCAGGACAAGGACGUGCUGAUUGCGGAGUUCCCCGAGGAGCCCUCGUGGAGAUUGAUGCCGGAGGUCUCCGACUGCGGCAAGUACCUCAUGCUGUUCAUCAUGAAGGGCUGCAAGGACAUGCUGCUGUACUUUAGCAACCUGGAAAAGGCGGGAGGCAUCACCGGCAAGCUGGACUUUACCAAGAUUGUCACCGAGUUCGACAGCGACUACGAUGUAAGUCAAUGCCCCCAGACACCACAAAUCAACCAACAAAGUCACACCUCUAACGCUCCCUUCCAGUACAUUACCAACGAGGGCAGCAUCUUCUCGUUCCGCACCAACAAGGGCGCGCCCAACUACCGCGUGGUCAACAUUGACUUUGACGAGCCGGCGCUCGACAAGUGGACCACCCUCAUCGCGGAAGACCCCAAGAACGUCCUCGACUGGUCCAGCUGCGUCAACGGGGACAAAAUCGUGCUCGGGUACAUCGACGACGUCAAGUCGGUGCUGCAGGUGCACAGCCUCCAGGAUGGUCGCUUCCUGUCCAAGUUCCCGCUGGCGAUCGGCAACGUGGUGGGCUUCAGCGGCAAGAAGAAGUACUCGGAGAUCUUCUACCACUUUGUGUCGUUCCUGACGCCCGGCGUAAUCUACCACUACGAUUUCGCUGCCGGUGAGGGUGCCGAGGCGAAGAUCUUCCGCCAGGUCAAGAUCGAGGACUUUGACGACAGUCUGUACAAGGUGGAGCAGGUGUUUUACAAGAGCAAGGACGGCGAGCGGGUGCCGAUGUUUAUCGUGCAGAAGAAGUCGGAUAAGCAAGAGAAAAAACCGUGCCUUUUGUACGGCUACGGAGGAUUCAACAUCUGCAUCCAGCCAUCCUUCAGUAUUACCGGACUGGUAUUUAUCGACUCGUUUGAUGGUAUUUUGGCCUACCCGAACAUCCGCGGUGGUGGCGAGUACGGCGAACGGUGGCACAACGCUGGACGGCUGCUGAAGAAGCAGAACGUGUUUGACGACUUCCAGUACGCGGCGCAGUAUUUGGUCGAGAGUGGCUACACCAGCCACGAUCAGAUCGUCAUCCAGGGCGGUUCGAACGGGGGUCUGCUGGUGGGAGCAUGCAUCAACCAGCGGCCGGAUCUGUUCGGAGCGGCCGUGGCCCACGUCGGCGUGAUGGACAUGCUGCGCUUCCACAAGUUUACGAUCGGACGCGCCUGGGUGUCGGACUACGGUGACAUCACCGAGAAGGAACACUUUGAGAACCUGCUGCGGUACUCGCCCCUGCACAACGUGCACACGCCCAGCUCCGAGCGGGAGCAGUACCCGGCGACGCUGGUUCUGACGGCGGAUCACGACGAUCGCGUCAGUCCGCUGCACUCGCUCAAGUUUAUGGCGGCGUUACACCAUGCCGUGCGUGACUCCAAGUACCAGAAGAACCCGCUGCUGCUGCGCGUGUACAGCAAGGCCGGCCACGGAAUGGGCAAACCGACGGCGAAGAAGAUCGAGGAAUCGACCGACAUUCUGACCUUCAUCUACAAGACGCUGAAGCUGAAGUUGACGUUCUAGGGCGGUGGCGACGACGGCGGCAGCACCUCAAUCGACCUUGUUAGCUUUUGUAUGGCCAUCUUCUUUUUUGUUUUCACGUUUUUAUUAUUGGUAGCAUUAGCGUAUGGUUUGUAAUUACAUAUUUAGUCGAUGUAGUCAUUACACAGUAUCGGAUUGAACAGAUUAGAGAGGAGAAAUGAAUCGAAUCGAGAGCAACAAACAAACUUCAGGUGAAUUGUAGAUUUUAUACUGCGUAAAAAUAUUGAUGAAUAAAACACAUUUCUGGAUAAUUGCGACAUAUAUA